AUGGAGGCCGGCGCAACAAGAAUAGCGCUUCAAACUGAUAAACUGAAUAGCUUACGCAAGAUUUCAACGAGAUUUGAGAAUUCUCUGGCUUCUGAAGAAAAAUCUGUAAUAUUUGAAGUAGAAAACGAUGAAGAUUUUGCGGACAAGGUGAUCAAAUCAUCCGCUCCAGUUUUAGUCGAUUUCUAUGCAGACUGGUGUGGACCUUGUAAGAUGCUUGGACCUCGGCUUGAAGCCAAAGUGAGGGGGCAAGAUGGAGCACAGUUGUGGCCGUCAGUAUUACCACCCCCACCUGUGCUCUGCACAUUUGUUACGAAGGUUCAACCGUGUUUUGGAAGUUUCUUAGAAGAAGCAAAACUUUUGCAGCUUUUGCUGGCCAAAGUUGACGUAGACAGCGCUGCAGAACUAGCCAUGCAGUAUCAAGUUGAAGCUAUACCGACUAUCAUUGCUUUUAAAGAUGGUGAAGUAGUUGAAAGGAUGGAAGGCGACCACGGCGAUGACCAGUUAGACCAAUUAAUAGACGGUCUUCUCAGAUAA